UGAAUUCUCCUUUGCUUAAAGCUUGAAUCUUUGAAUAGAUUCAUCUCAAGACGUGCUUAGGCCUACUACCCUUAAAGAAAGGGAACUUUGUUUUUGUAUUGUUGUGGAGUCUGUAGAGUUUUUAAACCACUUGUAGUUAAGCUUUUGUCUUGAAGGCUGUUUUGUUAGAAAAGAUUUAAGACUUGUACUUGUUUUUCUGAUAGAUACUGAUGUUUACAAAAUUGUGUGUUUGAAACCAUUUGUAGUUAAGUUUUGUCUUAAAGGUUUCUUCUUGUAAGAGGAUAAAAACUUGUACUUUGUUCUUUGGUAGAUAUCUGAUGUGUGUCAAAACGUGUUUUGAAACCACUUGUAGUUAAGAUUUGUCUUAAAGGUUUCUUGUAAGAGGAUAAAAACUUGUACUUGUUCUUCUUUGGUUGAUAUCUAAUGUGUGCUAUGUGCAAAUGGUUGUUCAUUUGCAGUGGAUUUCAGGAUUGAUAAUGGUGAUGCUGAUGGGAUGAUGAUGACGAUUUCAGUCGAGAACCAUAAUGAAAUGGGUGAAAGCUCUGGUCAAGCAAUGAUUGAGCAAGACGAUGAUGAAAACCGUAACGAGAUAGGUGAAAAUUCUAACCAAGAAAUGCCUCUUGAGCAAGACGAGAAGGUGGAUCCGGACUCUAUCCCUCUAACUGUUUCUGAUAUGGCCGAGGAGGAGGUUCAAGGUGGUGAUGAGCCUUACGUUGGGCAGGAGUUCGAAUCAGAAGCAGCAGCACACGGGUUUUAUAAUGCUUACGCUACAAAAGUAGGGUUCGUCAUCCGUGUUAGCAAGCUGUCACGGUCAAGGCAUGAUGGAUCUCCCAUAGGAAGGCAGCUUGUUUGCAACAAGGAAGGUUACAGGUUGCCUAGCAAGCGUGACAAGGUUAUUAGACAAAGAGCGGAGACAAGGGUUGGGUGUAGAGCAAUGAUCUUGAUUAGGAAAGAAAAUUCUGGUAAAUGGGUUAUCACAAAGUUUGCCAAGGAGCAUAACCAUCCUUUGAUGCCUGGAAGGGUUCGAAGGGGUUGCAUCUAUGAUCAGUAUCCGAACGAGCAUGAUAAAAUCCAGGAGCUGAUGCAGCAGCUAGCUGCAGAGAAAAAGAGAGCUGCGACUUACAAGAGGCAUCUGGAGAUGCUCUUUGAACAGAUUGAGCAGCACAAUGAAAGCCUUACUAAGAGAAUCCAACACAUAGUAGACAAUGUGAGGGAUCUGGAUCAGAGAGAUCAUCAACAGAACCAAGUAUAGUCUUUUUUUCAUCAGUUUGAUUAGGAGAUAGAUAUUCUCUUCUUUAAUAUCUGGAAUCAAACCUCCAAAAUAUUUCAAAUACUCAAAGAUAUCUGAAUCACUAUUAUAUACUUGAAUAUUUAGUUA